AUGUCUUUGAUACUAUCGAUUAUUGGAUGGAUUAUGAUUGUUCAUUCAGCUUAUAGCUGCCUUCAUUUUCGAGGAAUAUUGCUGGACUACGAUUUGCAAGAUUCGGUAUCGCUUCCACCCACGGAUGUUUAUAUUGAAGUUGGAACCGGUUUCCUUUUGCUCCUGAUCAGUGAAAUCAUGGGAUCUGGCUCAUUUCAAAGUGUAGAUGUGCUGGGGCCGGAAAAACGAAGGCCGCUUGCCGCUCCUGCGUACAUCACCAGAGGCUUUGACAUUUACGAGAACCGAGCAAAGGCAUUGAACAAAGCAAAGGCAUCAUAG